AUGGCAGAGGCUUCCAGGCACCCUGCCCCCGAGCCAGAGGCCCAUGCAGGAAAUACAGCGCAUCUCGAUGCGUUGGAAGAGGCGGUAAACAAGCGAAUCGAUGCCGAUGUAGAGACCCUAAUGGACAAUUACAAGGAGAUCAUCAACCUGAGCCGUAUUGGCGGGAAAGACCACUUUGACGUGAGCCGCGAGUCCUUUCAGCUAGAGACCCGUGCAGACAGCAUGGUGCGCGCCGCGCAAUCGCUCUACCUCUUGUCGGACUCGCUGAAACUCUCGCUACUCUUGUCACAGUCCCAAAUGUCCGACGCGCGCAAUAGCGAGGCCGAGACGCUCCUGCGCGAUACCGACGCGUACAAACGCGAAUGCAGCGAGCUUUUGGCGGGCUACUGGCUUCCUGGUGCGCAGAGCGGCGCGGAAGAUGCUGCGCCGGCGGUCGCGACACCCGCCGCGGCUCACGAGCCGAUGGACGACGGCGAGGCGGCGUAA